AUGCUUUAGUUAAAAUUCAGAAAAUAAUAACAAAAACAGAAUAAGAUUGAGAACAAAUAUUUAGCAUAACGUAAUUUAGAUAAUGAACAGAAAAUUGAAAAUUCGGAAAUCAAGGAUCAUGAUGACUUUUUGAUAAAUUUAGACAUGCAUUUUUCAAAUAGAGAACCUGAAGAGUCAAAAAGCAAUUAACAUAAAAGAACCAAUUAAAAACAAAAUAAUUAAAACAGUUCCACCAUUAAAAAGAAACCUAUCAAAAUGAACUUUUGUAAAUUAGUGGAAAGACAUAGAAUUGUGUAUAUAGAAGAUGAAAGGGAAGAAUAAAAAAUUGACAAAAUAAAAAAUACAAAUGGUAACAUAAAGAAAGUUACUGAUGCACAUAUUAAUAACUAAAAUAAUAUGAGUGAUACAUAAAAUAAACACUAAACUUAAUUAGUAAUAAUUAAAUAAAUCAUUUUAAGAAUGUCAUCUUAGUGA